UGCUACAUCGUUUAAAGAAAUAGAUACGUGAUAAUUAUUUAAAUUUCAAAAACAAUAAUAAUUGUUUAGUGUAUUUAUAUGUGAAAUAUCAUUUUUUUUUUCGGAAAAUAUAGAAUAGUGAAUAAUAAUAUUCAAAAUAUACUUAUAUCCAAGUGGAAUUAUACUUUUGAAAUCGACGACACAUAACCAUGAUCUUCGAAAGAUACACAAUUUAAACAAGCUUUUUUGCUUUUUUGAGUGUAUUUUCAGUAUAGUAGUUUCCCUGCUAAAAAAAAAAAAAAUGGAUUCAAUCCAAGUUUCAGACGCAAAAUUUAGCGUCAAAUUACCGACAAAAAGAAACAAAAUAACUUUACAAACAAUUAGAUCUUAUUUCCCGGGUGCAAGUAGCUUAACCUAUUUAGACAAAAACAAAAAAUGUGGUAUACAACUGUGCAACAACGAAUUUGAAUUGGUCCCGGGUGUGACUGAAUAUCAAAUUCACUAUGCUGAUUGCUUGAAAGAAAGCAAUCACAGUGGAGCUCGAAAAAGAAGAAUAGAGGAUCUCAUUGACGAAGUCGAAGGCAAUGCUGGUAAAAAUCUUAGGUUGCAGGAUUCACCCCCAAUUUCAGUAGCGCCGAGAAGAGUAAAAAAAAAGUCUGUUGAAGUGAUUUGGAGGGAAAAAACAUGUUCUGGUAAUUAUCAACAGCAGCGAGGAGCAUAUGGAGGCAUUCGUACAAUGGAACUAGAUCGGAACAAAGACUAUUCUUUUCAAGAAAUUCGGAAGUUGGCGAUUGCAGCUAUGAGAUCUUCUAAAAAUAAAAAUACAUUGGAUAACAGUAUUAUUCAAUUAGCCACUAAUGAUGAACAAAUUAUUGAUGAAUUUACUGAUGCACGAGGUCAGAAAUGUUCGUUUUGGGACUUUUCUCAUAAAAUUAAAAAGACGAACACUCAAUUGAGAUUGUGCCUAUUGUCAACUCCACGAAAAGUUCUACAGGAAAAAACUUCUAACAAUCAGUGUAACGUUGGAGGUAGUUUAGACAAAAGUAAGUCACAGUCGCAAAAAACAGUUUUCACGGUCACUUCAAAACAAUUUCGUUUACAUCCUCAAACAUCUAAUAAAUCAUCUGUACACAUUGAUAGUGCUGUUGCCUCUAAAAAUAGAAGUGUUGCUUCAAACGUCUUCACAGAUGUUCAAUAUCUCGACGGAAGUUCCUAUAACCAGCGAUCUGCAUCUUCUAAUGGUAAAUCAGAAUCUACAAAAAACCUGUCCAAAUCGUACGAUAAUAUACAGCUCCUGGAAUUAAGUGUUCCAGUCAUAGACGAGGAGGAAAUAAAGUUUUCGGAUAAGAUUUUGGGCCGAGGAGCAUUUGGAUGUGUCAUUCUAUGCAAGUGGAAUAGAAACGGAUCAAGUGUAGCUGUAAAGAAAAUUCCAGUACCUGAAGACAAAAAAUAUCUUAUACGAGAACUGAAGGUGUUGGACACUGUUCGACAUCCUAAUAUCAUUUCUCUUAUGGCAGCUUGUUGCGCAGACAAAUAUUGGUAUAUUGUAAUGGAGUACUUCAGAAGUCAAAGCUUACGACAAUUCAUAAACAAUCGGCCUGAAAAUGUAGAAUUCUCCCAGAAGAGAAAAGAAAAUUAUGAAAUAUGUUUGCAAAUAUGUCAAGCAGUGUCAUAUCUUCAUGAAUUAACCUGUAGUAUUAUUCAUAAAGAUAUUAAACCUGAAAACAUUUUGGUCAAUGAGCACCUGAUGGUUAAAUUAUGUGAUUUAGGCCUCAGUAAGAUCUCUGACAUUGAUUCCUCAUCUCCAUUAAACACUACCGUUGGCCAUAAUUUUCGAGGCACUCCUAUGUUUAUGGCACCCGAAAUAAUCGUUCAAAAUUUACCAGCAAUUAAGCCGACUGAUGUAUGGGCUAUGGCAUGUUGCCUAGUCGAGCUUUUUUGUGAAAGACAGGUUUGGGUUAUCGAACCUAAAUUUACAACACACGCAUUGCGUGAAUUAUUAUUGAAAGGAUCGAAACCGGAUCUAACAAAUAUACCAUCUGUUUUACAAGGAAUUAUAAGCGAUUGUUUCAAUCAUGAGCCAACAAAGCGACCAACGGCAUUAAUAUUGGUUAAAACGUUUGAGCGUUUAUUGUCUCAAUUACAAAAUAUUAUUUAAAGUCGAUAAAUAUAUUAAAUGACUACAUUUCAUUGGUGUAGCUACAAAGCUUUUAUGUUUAAUGUAUUUAAUAUAUUAUUUUUAACUACUGUACCUAAGACAAAAGUAUAGAAAUGUUAUAAUGACGUUGAU